GCUUCCCCUGACCAUCUAACCAUCAACAAUGAACCACGGUCAGCUCUUGGGACACUGCACCCGUGUCAUUGACACGUAUGACAGUGAGAUGACAUCAUUAGAGGAACAAAUCAAUUCCUAUCUGAAGCAACACCAGGUAACAGAAGAUGGCGACAGAACGUUCAUAAUGGAGGUGUUUUCCGGCUGUGUGAGGUAUUCAGUCAUCAUGAAGGUCGUCACAGAAGGAUUCUAUGCCAAAGAUGGGAAGUCCACACUUCGGUCUGACCAGUCGUUGUAUACAGUGAUAUGCUACAUGAUGUUGUUUCGCUUGGAUGAACUUGGAUUACCUCACCUGAGAAAAUUUGUGCAGUCCCGGAGUGCCAGCAAACUGCAUAAGUUCCUCAACUUCUUCCUGGAUGAGAGGAACCUACUGACAUGGGUGAAGGAUCAGUGGGGCAAGUUCUAUGAACAGAGUUUUGUAGAGGCAAAUCUCCUGUCCCCCAUACAGAGGUGGCUGCCGGAGCUGCAGGAGAUGGUGACGUGCAUGAAGGACAAGCUGGACCACAAGGUGAAGCCCAAGAAGAAGGUGGCCCCCGCCACAGAGAUGAAACCUUUCAAUCUGACACAACCAAAAGCAAGAAGUAUUCCAGUGCCAGAGCCAAUCCCUCAGCUGCAGAAGCACACUCCACCCCCGUCUGGACUGUACCGGACCCCCUCAGAGUUCGACCGCAUCAAUAGACAGAAGGAGGUCAACCGCAGAGCUGCCGAGGAGAGGCUGAUGGAAGCAUCCAGGAUUCAGUUUGCGUGUGCCAACCCAGAGAAGUCUCAGAAGGCAAAGGAAGUUCUCAAUAACAUCAUGUCAGAAGAGGACUGCAAACUGGACUUUGACAAGCAUAAAGCCCACCCUGUGCCUGGAUUUCUGACCAAGGAGGUUCCAGUUAAACUGAAUGCGGCCAGUAUUCUCAGAGAAGGCUUGCUGUACCAUCGCAAAGAGUCUGAGGAGAUGAAGAAGCUGGAGAACCUGGAGGCUGGGGCGCGAGAUUCCUCUGCUUUUAUGCGCUGGCAAUCCGAUAUGAGGCAGCGGGACUUGGAGGUGCAAUUGGCGGAAAUUGAGCGCCGGCGCCUUGAGGGCAAGCUAAGCCAUGAAGAGGCCAUCUUGGCCCGACAGAACCUGAUCCGGGACAACAAGAGCAAAGUACAGGACAUGAAGAAAGAGACUGAGGAGCUGAUGAAGGAGUUCCUGGAGAAGAAGUUCCAAGAGGAGCAGAUGAUGAAACAACUUGUGGAGGACACAAUGCAGGGUCACAGAAACGCCAAGGAUGCAAAAAAGAAAUUACAGGAGUACAAACAGAAAAUAGUUCAGGAGGUGACCGAGGAGAGUCGAGAGCUGAUGAGGAAAGCUUUGGAGAAGGCGGAGAUUGAGAUGAGGCGCAAGAUGGAGCUAAUCCAUCAGAUACGUGCAAUGGAGGCCGUCCCGGCAAUCAGACAGAAGUUUGUGGACCUGACAUCUACAGCAGGCAUGGGGCUGCUGAGUGAGAUGUCCAUAGCUGAGCUACAAGAGCGGCUGUGUCUCAUGAAGACAUCCCAAAAGGAGGAGGAAGAGCGUCGCCGUGACGAUAUCCUUGCAUCCAAACAGGCCAAAGAUCAGCUUCUGUUGGAUACACUGGAAACGAUCUCGAAACACCGCACAGAGUUGACGAGGUCAGCUGCUCUCAAGCAUGAGGAGAGGAAGAAGAUGCGUGGCGUGAAGGUAGAGGUCAAGGAUGAGAAGCUGACAGAGCUGCAGCGCCGCCUGGAGGAGAAGAAGGCUGAGAGACUUCAGGAACAAGCAAAUGCAAAACUGGUGGCCAGUCGCCAUUCGGCUCUGAGGACGCGUAGCCUCAUCCACCAGAAGCAUUGCCUUGAGCAGAAUCGAUGGCAGGAACUUGAACAGUCAAGGGAGAAAAAUGCAAGAGUAUUAUCACAAGGAGUUGCCAGUAGUAAAUCCGCCAGUGGCCUCCGUGGAGCCAAUGCAAUUGCCAUGACAACAUGAUGGAAUAAAGAGCUAUUUGCAUUAUUAUUUCUGCUGUGAUAUCUAAUGAAACCGUCCCUUAUAUUGUUAUUGUGCAAACAACUUUGUAAAUAAUUAAUAAGAUUUGAUAUUUAAUGAAACCGUCCAUUGUAUUGUUGUUGUACCAACAGAUCUGUACAUAAUAACAAGCGUUUGUUUUUAAUGAAUACAAAUGUUGCCAGUACACAGUGAAUAAAGUUUAUUAUUUAUA